AUGGCACACAAGUAUGAUGGUCUUUCCCACUGUAAGCUGGCGCUGGUGUUUGCCGUGGUGAUGGAUCUGUUGGGUGUCGUAUCCCUUCUAUUGGGCGUCUUCGCUCCACUGGAAAUCCAAGGUCAAGACUUUGGGGAUUUGCUGGUGUACUCGGGAGCCCUUUUAGUGUUGUUUUCCUUGGCAGGCUGGGUCAUGUGGUACAGUGGCAACAUUGAGGGUCUGACCUCCAAGAAAGAGCUUAGUGGGGCUAUGGUUGGAGCUAUGGACCGACUGGCCCGUUCCCUGAGCCGCAAGAUACGGAUCCCCAGGACUCACAGCAGUCCAUCAUAG